CAGCAGACCAUAAUACACUGUCAGGUGAUGAACAUGAUGGACAGGUGUUUGAGUCACCUGUGUGCGGCGCCGUCGACCUGAUGAAAAGAAGCUGCUUUUCUGUCCGGGGUCGGAGGUCACGCCGUCUCCUCAGCCCACCUCACAGGUCACCACCAUGAUGGGAGCCCGGCUCGCCUUCAGGUUCGACUACCAGGAGCUGCUCCAUAACUCUAGUUUCUGCCUGGUGCCCCGAGGCCGACGUCUUGGAUCGUUUCGCUUCCUGGAGGCCCUGCAGGCGGCUUGUAUCCCGGUUAUUCUGAGUAACGGCUGGGAGCUUCCCUUCUCUGAAGUCAUCGACUGGAGGAAAGCAGCCAUCAUUGGAGAUGAGAGACUGCUGUUACAGGUUCCCUCCAUUACCCGGUCUGUGGGCCAUGACAGGAUCUUGGCUCUCCGCCAGCAGACUCAGUUCCUCUGGGACGCCUACUUUUCUUCUGUAGCCAAAAUCGUCUUAACUACUCUGGAGAUCAUCCAGGAUCGCGUGGACUCCCAUGUGUCCAGAAACCGGCUGUUGUGGAAUUCCCUCCCUGGUGGUCUUUAUGCACUCCCCCAGUACUCAACUGACCCUGCCCAGUUCCCUUUUUACUAUGCCAUACUGGGUAAGAGCCCCUCGCAGCAGUUCACAGCUGUGAUCCAUACGGUUACUCCUCUGCAGUCCCAGAUCUCCCCCGUGGUGAAGCUCAUCAUCGCUGUAGCCAAGUCCAAGUUCUGUGCACAGAUUGUGGUUUUAUGGAACUGUGACAAGCCUUUACCUCCUAGGAACAAGUGGCCCUCCACCAGCGUGCCUCUCACUGUCAUUGAAGGACAGACCAAGACGAUGAGCAGUCGUUUUUUCCCUCACAACGUCAUCCUCACUGACGGUGUCCUCAGCCUGGAUGAAGACUCGGUUCUCUCAACAAAUGAGGUGGAUUUUGCCUUUAUUGUAUGGCAAAGCUUUCCGGAGCGUAUCGUUGGUUAUCCAGCAAGGAGCCAUUACUGGGAUAGUUCCAGAUCCCGCUGGGGCUACACCUCUAAAUGGACCAAUGACUACUCCAUGGUCCUUACAGGGGCAGCUUUCUACCACAGAUACUACCACUACCUGUUCACGCACUACGUACCGGCCAACCUGCUGACCACGGUGGACCGCAUGGCUAAUUGCGAAGACAUCCUGAUGAACUUCUUGGUUUCGGCCGUUACCAAGCAGCCGCCGAUCAAAGUCACGCAGAAGAAGCAGUACAAGGAAACCAUGAUGACCCAGGGCUCCAAGGCGUCUCGGUGGGCCGACCCAGACCACUUCGCCCAGCGACAGACCUGCAUGAACGCCUUCAGUCAUUGGCUGGGUUUCAUGCCCCUGGUGCACUCCCAGAUGAGGCUGGACCCCGUAUUGUUCAGGGACCAGGUUUCAAUCCUGAGGAAGAAAUACAGGGACAUUGAGAAGCUGUGAAUGCACAAGGAAACACACCAAAUCACUGACAGGGAGAAAGUAAGAGAGGCUGGGCAUGUCUGCGUGUCUCUGUGUGUGUUCUUGUGUUUCCUGUUCGAGAGGCUGCGACGAGAAUACACACUCUGAAUGUGAAGGUUUGUGAGGCUAUAAAAGAACACUCACACACAUGCACUGGACAUAAAAAUGAUAAAACACUGAGGUACGCAUAAGGCAUUUAACUGUGUAUUUGUAUGGAAGAAAAAAAAACACACUGAUUCUGUAUGCGUGGUUGAUAACAGCGAGUAGCUGUGCGUAUCCACCAUCUGUGACAAUACACAUAAAUUAAUAUGAAUGCAUGGAUACACAUGCAACAAAGAGCUGGACACAUUCAAGACAGUCCUGACCACAGACAUAUGUGUUGCAUGGUUUGAACUGUACAAGGACAUGAAAAACAUAAUGUGUUUGAAUAAAAAAAAAAUAAUAUUAAGAGCUGUAUUUAUUGAGGAAGUUGGACUGUCGAGGAGUAAACGGUAUAAUGUUGGACAACAGGAUGAAGAGAUUUAUGAGUUAUAGGUUCAUAAAGUCAAAGGACACACUUUCUGAGGUUGUGUAUGUACAGUAAAGACAUAUUGUGGACAAAAAAAAGGGACAAACUGUAGAUUCUGGGUCAACCAUGCGACAGCUGCUACCCCCCAAAAACACCCAGAGACAAUGGCAAUAUGCCUCUUGUAUACUAUUGUAAAUUUUCAGCAGCAGUUCCUGUCUGUAUGAAGAAAAUUAAAAAAAAAUAAAAUAAAGAGAUGUUAUGUUAUAUGACAAGCGGCCAC